AUGUCCAACAGCAGCUCCAUCAGACACUUUGUUCUGCUGGCAUUGGCAGACACGCGGCAGCUGCAGCUCCUGCACUUCUGCCUCUUGCUGGGCAUCUCCCUGGCUGCCCUGCUGGGCAACGGCCUCAUCAUCAGCGCCGUAGCCUGUGGCCACCACCUCCACACGCCCAUGUUCUUCUUCCUGCUCAACCUGGCCCUCAAGCUUUUUCUGCUGACCAUCAUGUGCUAUGACUGCUACGUGUCCAUCUGCAAACCCCUGCACUACGGGACCCUCCUGGGCAGCAGAGCUUGUGCCCACAUGGCAGCAGCUGCCUGGGCCAGUGCCUUUCUCAAUGCUGUCAUGCACACAGCCAAUACAUUUUCCCUGCCCCUUUGCCAUGGCAAUGCCCUGGGCCAGUUCUUCUGUGAAAUCCCCGCAAUUCUCAAGCUCUCCUGCUCAAAUUCCUACAUCAGGGAAAUUAGAAUCAUUGUGUUUUCCAUUUUCUUAGUAUUUGGCUGUUUUGUGUUUAUUGUUUUCUCCUAUGUGCAGAUCUUCAGGGCUGUGCUGAGAAUCCCCUCUGAGCAGGGAUGGCACAAAGCCUUUUCCACCUGCCUCCCUCACCUGGCCGUGGUCUCCCUGUUUCUCAGCACUGUCAUCUUUGCCUACCUGAAGCCCCCCGCCAUGUCCUCCCCAUCCCUGGAUCUGGCCAUGUCAGUUCUGUACUCAGUGGUGGCUCCAGCCCUGAACCCCCUCAUGUACAGCCUGAGGAACCAGGAGCUCAAGGCUGCAGUCUGGAGAUUGAUGACUGGCUGA